GAACAAGCCAAACAGUUACGGAAGAGGAACUGGGAAGCUUUGAAGAACAUCCUGGACAACAUGGCUAAUGUCACUUACUGUACUACGUGGUCAGAGGCUCAGCAGUAUCUGAUGGACAAUCCUACGUUUGCAGAAGACGAGGAACUUCAGAACAUGGACAAAGAGGAUGCGCUGAUCUGUUUCGAGGAGCACAUCAGGGCGCUGGAAAAAGAGGAGGAAGAAGAGAAACAGAAAAGUUUGCUCAGAGAAAGGCGGCGGCAGCGUAAAAACAGAGAAUCUUUCCAGCUAUUUUUAGACGAACUGCACGAGCAUGGACAAUUACACUCCAUGUCCUCUUGGAUGGAGCUGUACCCGACCAUAAGCUCUGACAUCAGGUUCACCAACAUGCUGGGUCAGCCCGGAUCAACAGCACUUGAUCUUUUCAAGUUCUAUGUUGAAGACUUGAAAGCACGUUACCAUGAUGAAAAGAAGAUAAUAAAAGAUAUCUUAAAGGACAAAGGAUUUGUGGUUGAAGUGAACACUUCUUUUGAAGAUUUUGUUACGGUCAUCAGCUCAACUAAAAGAGCCACUACUUUAGAUGCAGGAAAUAUCAAGCUGGCGUUCAACAGCCUGCUGGAAAAGGCAGAGGCCCGUGAAAGAGAGCGGGAAAAAGAAGAAGCUCGCAAAAUGAAGCGGAAGGAGUCCGCCUUCAAGAGCAUGUUGAAGCAAGCGACCCCGCCGAUCGAACUGGACGCCGUCUGGGAGGACAUCAGAGACCGGUUCGUGAAGGAACCAGCAUUUGAAGACAUCACUCUGGAGUCCGAAAGAAAGAGGAUAUUUAAAGACUUCAUGCAUGUACUAGAGCACGAGUGUCAGCAUCACCACUCAAAGAACAAGAAGCACUCUAAAAAGUCCAAAAAGCACCACAGGAAGCGCUCCCGCUCUCGCUCGGGCUCCGAGUCGGAGGACGACGACAGCCACUCGAAGAAGAAACGGCAGCGGUCAGAGUCCCGGUCGGUCUCGGAGCGUUCGUCCAGUGCGGAAUCCGAGAGGAGUUACAAGAAGUCAAAAAAACACAAGAAAAAGAGCAAGAAGAGAAGACACAAGUCU